CAGUAGUAAUAAUAAUUAUGCUUCACCAUCUGGUUCACAAGUAAGACAAUCAAGAGUGAUGGAAGUGACUGCGAUGAUGCAAGGUGAGGAUGGUCCAGCAGAUGGUGGAAACGCAACAGAACAUCCGUCUCGAAAUCCCUUCAAUUAA